AUGGGAAGAAAGCAGGCAGUCCACAGGUAAUGUUGACAAUUAAAAUGAGCCAUUUAUGAAUUUAUUACAUCAUCCACUCCUAAUUCACCAUCUUUGACACUGACCCAUCCUUCAAUGACCAAUACCUUGAUCCAGAUAGAGACUAUAGAAAAAUCAGACACCAAAAAAUAAAAUUAAAAAAUUAAAAAAGAAAGUUUUACUAUAAACAUAAAACCCAAUUCAAAGAUUGUUUCUUUUCUGUUGUUCUUGAAUCCUAACUAAUAGGUGGAAUUAGUAUUUUCAGAGUUGGAGAAACAACCCAUUUAUUUCUUGUUCUUGUUUUUGUUAGCUGGGAUUUUUCUUUUAUCAAGAAAAAGAUUAUACAUAAAUUAGAGUCUUUUUGAGGUUUCUUCCCUAAUUUUCCCUCCUCCUUGCUGUUUAUUCUCGAUUCUUAUCCUCUUCUAUGGCUCUGGUCUCUAUUUUCUUUCUAUGUAUUGGCGCUUUGUCUUCGAUUGGAUUCAUUUCAGCUUCAGGAUCUAUUUGCCUUAAUGAAUCUUCUUUGCUAUUAUAUGAUCUUCAAUCUCAAUGCCCUCUCGAGAUCUUCCCAAAUCCCCCUCUCCAGGUUGAUGGGAACUUCCUGGACAGAGCUUUGGCUUCAAAUCAAAGGAACUCUUAUACAUCCGUACUCUUCUAUGCUUCGUGGUGCCCAUUUUCACGCAUCAUCUGCCCUAAAUUUGAUAUGGUUGGCUCCAUGUUCCCUCAAAUAGAACAUUUUGCUAUUGAGCAAUCAUCAGCCGUCCCAAGUAUAUUCUCGAGAUAUGGAAUCCGUAGCUUGCCUACAAUAUUAAUGAUCAAUCAGACAUCUAAGGUGCAAUAUCAUGGGCCCAAUGAUAUACAAUCCCUUGUUCAAUUUUACGAGAAAACUACAGGGAUCAAACCAGUUCAAUACUUGGCUGAAUAUGAGCCAAGUGGUUUAGAUGGUUGUGGAAAAUCAAUCAUGCAGCCAUGGUAUGGGUCUUCCUUGGAGGAGGUGAUGAAAAGGGAAGCCUACUUAGUACUUGCAGCGAUGUUCCUUUGUCUACGAGUACUGCUAUAUAUAUCUCCUAAAGUGUUAUCUCAUCUCAGGGCUUUCUAUGUGUUAUAUCUUCCCCAUUUCAACUUGGAAAAAUUUGGUGAGACGAGUCAAUUAUUUGGCCGAAUCCUACACAUGAUUGAUGUGAGGAGGAUUUGGACCAGGAUUAGAUUAUGCAAGACCAGGAACUUCCAUCAAGGUGCCAAAAAUUGCAGGGUUUGGGCUUCUUCCCUAGCUUCUGUGUCGUUGGGUGAAUCUUCAUCAUCAGCUAGAUCACCACCCUAAUGCAUUUUCUAUUCCUAUGGGGUUUGGAUGAGGCCAGAAAAUAGCCUACUGAUGAUGUUAUGAAUUACAACUGUUUUGAUGCUCAAGGACAGGUAGUCUCUCCCUGUAUUCCCAACUCUUUCUCUCUCUCUCUCUCUCUCUCUCUCUCUCUCUCUCUCUCUCUCUCUCUCUCUCUCUCAUGUUAAAUUUUAGUACAAUUAGUGAUGAUGAUGAUGAUGAUAGCUCAAGCUGUUGUCCUUUGUUUUAGUUUUGGGAGGAAGUAAAACAGGCAUGUAAAUCUGAGAACAGCUUUUCCUUUUUUGUAUAUUAUUUUUCACUUGGAGAAACAUCUUUACACUUUAGUGGAAUGUAAGCAUAUCAUCUCUCUCUCUC